UGUCAGCUGCCCUGGGAGUCCCGCCAGGGUGUGAAGCAAGGCCUUUCCUGCUGCUCCGCUCCAGCAUAUAAAGGCGGCCUGGCCAGCCGCGAGCUCCUAGACGUCCCUGUGUGCCCCGCCCGCCAUGUCCAGCCCCUGUGCCCUGCUCACUUGGACCCUUCUCACCCUCCUGGGACUCGGGGCGACUCGAGAAGACUUCACCCCAUGCGGCCCCAUCGUGCCCCGGAGAGAGUGGGGGGCCCUGCCAUCCAGGUGCGAACAGCGCCUGGACCUGCCCGUGCGCUACGUGGUGGUGUCACACACGGCGGCCAUCCCCUGUGACACGCCGGCCUCGUGCAUGAGGCAGGUCCAGAACGUGCAGCAUUACCACGCCCGGACCCGGGGCUGGUGCGACGUGGCCUACAACUUCCUGAUCGGAGAAGACGGGCUUGUGUAUGAGGGCCGGGGCUGGGACACUCAGGGCGCCCACUCAGGUCCCACCUGGAACCCCAAGUCCAUCGGCAUCAGCUUCAUGGGUAACUACAUGGAUCGGGCACCCCCGCAACGAGCCCUCAGGGCAGCCCAGAGUCUGCUGGCUUGUGGUGUGGCUCGGGGCGCCCUGAGGACCAACUAUGAGGUCAAAGGACACCGGGACGUGCGGGACACAGACUCUCCAGGUGACCGGCUCUAUGAUAUCAUCCGGACUUGGCCACACUACCGAUACUGAGGCCCUGCCUGCCCACUCCAGUCAGAAACCCCCUGCCUCCCCCUCCAAUAAAGAUGCACUCACUGUGACCCUG